AUGGCAAGCUCUGAUCCAGCUAAAUCUAUAUUCGACGAAAUUGAUACAAAUCAAGAUGGAAAAAUUGAUAAAGAUGAAUUUCGUAAAUGGGCUUCAAUUCCUGUAGAAGUGCGUUCUUCACCAUACGAGCGACCGAAUACUGACUUUAAUCAUAGUCAUACGGCUACUAGUCGAUUAGAUCGAUAUGAGCAUAAAGAUAUUAAUCAGAAUGCUUUUGAAUCUACAGCUAAUCAAUAUUCUUUAUAUGGAACUACAACAGUAGCUAAAGAUUAUAUUAGUGAUACGGCAAUUCUUACUAAAAGCGUAGAAGAAACGGAACUAUAUCUGGAAAAUCAUGGUAUUGAUCUCUGUAAGAAUCCAGAAAUUAUUAGGCGAACAAUACCAGAAAGGCCAUCAACAUAUGAACAACGAGUUUUUGUUCGAUAUCUUCAGCCACCAGCCCUUCCGCCAGCGGGACCACUCAUUAUUAAAGAAGUGCGUGCAGAACAGCCACCGCCUCUUCCACCACUGAUCAUACGUGAACAGGCACCACCUCUUUCCUCACCACCACCACUCAUUUUACGUGAACGACCACCAACACCACCGCCAAUUCUUCCAAGUGAAACAAUUACUCGUACCUUGCCUCCCUUACCUGCUCCGUCACGAUCAGUUGUCAUCGAACGUUAUCCACCCCUUCCAGAAAAACCACGGGAUAUUAUAAUUGAACGAUGGAUUCCGUAUGGACGUCAAAUUGAACGCCGUACGAUUGUUGAAAAGGCUCCUCUUGUUAUAGAAUAUCCUAGAGCAUCUUGUACUGUUGUUAUUUACGAAGCUCCUCAAGCACGUAUAGUCCGAAAAUUUGAACAACUUGGUGUUACUAAUGAAAGUCCUGAAGAUUAUGUAGGCCGCUAUAGAGGAUCCCUUCUAGAUUCAGGAACAUUGGUUCAACAAGCUCGUAAUGUUGGCGUUAUUGAAGAUAUAACGCCUCCAAUAUUAUCAUUGUCAGUAAGUGCAAAAAUACGCCAAGGUAAUAGUGACUUUCAUCAGUCAAAUGAGAUAAUCAGUGAAGGUUUUUCAUAUUCAGGUGCAAACAGUAGUGAAAGAAUUGAAUUAGAUCGUGGUAGCAACGCUAUAACAUAUGGUACUAAAACGGAAAAAUAUUCAGCAUCGAACCGUAUUGGUGACAGUGUUUUAACUGGCAGUACUAGUGUUACUCGACGUGAAUAUCAGGCCGAUGAUGGAAGUAUUACCACUACUUAUAUUAACCGUGAUGGAAAAUUACAUCAAACAGAAGUUCACGAAUAUAUUUAA